CUUACUUCCUGUUUAUGUGGUCUGUGGGCGAGUAGCAGAGCGCUAGCUCGGCCUGAACAGCUAAGAAUCCGACACAACGUAAAAAAAGUGUUGCUUUACUCAUCCAUGAAAGAUAUACGAAUACAGAAAUACAAAUGUUUUGUGUUACAAUCAGUUUAAAAAAGCAAUGUGAAAGGGGGACAGAGAUGGGGGAUGGGCAGAGUCUGGCCUGAAGCUUCCUCCUCCAGCCACAUGAUGGAGAGAUGACGAGAGGAGAUCAAAAUGAACUCAGCAGAGAGUAGCAUGUGCUUAAUACUUGAUUUAAAUUCAGAUAGGUAACAAGCACAAGGGAUCUUUUUUAUAAUACUAUAUAGUGUUACAAAAUGUUCCGGGGGUUGAUUAUAGGUUAGGAUAGUAAAACAUACCAGUAUGUACACAGCAUUAUUUGUUACCUACAUAACUAGCUUAGCACAGUUAGCACACUAAAUGCAAAGGGCACAGGGAUGACCAGCACACUUAAUGCAAAGGGGGCAGGGAUGACUAGCACACUUAAUGCAGUGAUGAGGAUGACUCAGCACACUUAAUGCAGUGAUGAGGAUGACUAGCACACUUAAUGCAGUGAUGAGGAUGACUAGCACACUUAAUGCAGUGAUGAGGAUGACCAGCACACUUAAUGCAGGGAUGAGGAUGACUAGCACACUUAAUGCAGUGAUGAGGACGGCAGGAGUGCAUGUAGUUCCCCAAUACCUCCUCCUCUAGCCACAUGAUAGAGAGAUGAACUAAGCAGAAACCUCAUGAGCCUCCGUUUCCUGUCAGCAUUCUCAGUUCCUCAGAAGCUUCACUGUAGCCAGAGAUGCCUAGACUGGGGGCCUGUUUCUGCAGGGUGUGGUGCCCAUACUGAACCACCAUGACAGGAAUCCCUCUUACCCUUCUGCUCUUAUGCACUGCUGGUCUUCAGGCUCUAAGUAUAACCUACACUCCUAAGGAGAUCUGUGUGCUCAAAGGGUCCAAAGUGCGCCUUCAGUGCACUUACACUCUUCCAGCAGGAGACAGUUUCCAAUCAGGUCAUUGGUAUAAAAAUGAUUCCUGGGUACAACCACAAACCAGAGUUUCUGAUGGAAAUCAUUUUCAGUACAAUUAUCUCUCCACAAUGUUUACUAUGGAUACACAACCUGACACCUCGUGACUCAGGAUCUUAUGAAUACAGAGUCACAACACAACGCAACACAGUCCUAACAGGGCCAGGUAGAGCUGCUGUCCGUGUCGUAGCUACUGCACAGAAGGACUGUUGGGGAGUGUCCUACUCGUCUACCAGCUUCUGUGCCUUGAGGGGCUCAACACUGGACAUUCCCUGCACGUACGGACACCCCACAGAUCAUACAGUCAUCAAAACAUUCUGGCACAAAGAAGUGAGAAGGGUAAGGAUCCUAUUGACCUGCGUCUGGACGAGCAGUAUCGGGCAGAGUGGAGCAUCUCGGUACUGAGAAUAACUGCACUCUGAGAAUCAGAGACGUGAGACAGACUGACUCAGGACGAUAUACAUUCAGAUACACCACCGACAAACCAGGAGGGGCUUUCUCAGGUGACCCGGUGACAAUCGCCGUCACAGGUCUGCAGGUGUCAAUGACUGCUGAUACAGUUACUGAGGGAGGCAGUGUGACACUGUCCUGCAAUACCAACUGCAACCUUAGGGGCAACACCACCUUCAUCUGGUUCAAGAACACACAGCCUACCAGACACACAGCCAUCAACAACACCCUACACCUAAACCCAGUCAGCAGUGAGGAUACGGGCAACUACUCCUGUGCUCUUAACAGACACAAAGAACAUCCUUCACCUGGGGCAACUCUUGAUGUGAGAUACGCACCGCGGAAAACCACUGCGCUUGUUGCUCCCCCUGGUGAAAUAGUGGGGAAUAAUUCGAUGACUCUGAUCUGUAGCAGUGAUGCCAACCCACCAGUUCACAACUACACCUGGUACAUGAAGAGGGGAACUCAAAUCUCACCACUAGGAGCAGGUCAAAGCUUCAUCGCCGCUAACAUCAACAAUGACACCAGUGGACUCUACUACUGUGUUGCACGUAAUAGUGUUGGUGAACAGAACUCAACUGGUGUAUCAGUACUAAUUGUAGGGCAAAGCUCUGCUAAGAAUGCAGCCAUUGGGGUCCUUGUUGUUGUUGUAGCUGUUCUUCUUAUUCUGGUCCUUCUCUGGCUGAGAAAGAGAAAAUCUCGCCCACCCUCCAAAAAGGGAAGUACAUCGACUCCGCAGCAGGCUGACUCAGAUCUGGUGUAUGAUGACGUGUCUGCAGUAGCAGUGACCUCUGACCCUGCAUGGAGACGGAACACAGAAGCAGACGAUGACGUCCAGUAUUCCAUCAUUCAGUUCAAGGGCUCAAAGGAAGCAGAGGUGGCUCCCUACGCCAGCAUUCAGUCUCCCCGCGCCCAAACAGCACAGGAGGAUGUUCAGUCUCCCUACGCCAGCGUUCAGUCUCCCCGCGCCCAAACAGCGCAGGAGGAUGUUCAGUAUGCUGCAGUGAAUUUCUCAAGACCAAAGGACACGUCCCAAGUUGAAGCAGACCAAGUGAUCUACAGUACCGUCAACAAACCCCCCAAGACACGAAUGCGAUGAGCAUCACUUCACCCUGCGUACCAAUGCUUACCAUGGAGUACAGAAAAAUGUAAUA